CCUGAUGUCACACCUUCCAGACGUCAACUCGAUCUUUCCAUCCCGAAUUCAUCAGAUUUUAUUUACAGUCUUAUCAAAAUCGGUUUACUCAUUUUAUUUUGUUAAAUUCUAACUCAAGAUGCUCGCUGCUCACCGCGACCAAGAAAACCUGGUGCGGACGCACGUGCCUACAAAACAAGCGCCCAAGACUCCAGGGGCGAGAUAUCCAAAAACGCCGUUGAAGUUUGGAGGGGAUGAAAACGCUGGUGGCCUUUUCACCAAAGGUGGUCGCGCUGGUGGUGAAAAGCUUGUAAAUCAACAAUUAAUCACUCCUGCAGCAAAUACAGUCAGAGCUCCGUUGGGGAAUAAAACGACAAAUGCAAAGGCCAUCAGGGGUCAGGCUACUGAGAAAAGGGGUUUUGUUAACGUCGAGAAAACCCAGUUCAAGCCUCUUACAGCGCAAAAACCAAAGCAAAAGGUCACAUCAGCGCCUCCUUUGUUUGAGGUUCAGGCAGAUGUGCGUAACAACGACCAGGAAGAGGAGCCAGAAUAUGCUCCAGCAAAGGCUCCACGUGCUCUUAGCUACAAAUCCGACGUGCUACCAGAGAAUGGCCUAACCUUUAAAGGCCUUCAUCGCAAGCAUAUACUCUCAGGCUACUUUGAACACUUUUAUAACGAUGUCGAUGCUAAGGGACGGUCGAGAUCGGAACGAGCCCUUCAAGCAGAGAAGCGCAAAGCCCUUGACCAAAUGGAACAGCAGAAUGCACUGGAUAUCGACGCUAUGACUUGGAAUGUGGCCGACACUACAGAGAACCACAUGUCAGUCCUUCAAACAAGGCCGGCAUCUAGAGCUGUUACAGGAGGAUCAAGAUCAAGUAAAAGACCUACAUCAGCACUCGCCUCCCGACCGACGCCCAGCAAAGCAGCUAAAGCAAAACCAGCACUUAGCAACGUGACCGUGUCAAAUCAUAAUAGGGCGAGGUCUAUCCAAUCCUCAAUCCCGAGCAGGACCAUUGGCACUGCUGCUUCUGCCGGUGAGAUUGCAUCGAGAAACAGCCUUGGUUACAGAAAAGGUCGCGCGGUCUCCUCUAUUUUACAACCGAAGGAGCGGCCUAAGUCAAUCAAUCGACUGGCACUGUCACAAACAGUUAAUGACAGGGAUACAACAUGCCAGAGAGAUCCUGGAUUACGAAGCGCCAUGGAACUUAAUCAUGAGCUGAUGAACAGUCUUUGUGAUGAUGACUCUGACAUUGAACUGGCAGGAGUGCCAGCAAUAUCAGCAUUGUCAUUGGAGGAUGCUUCAGAUGCUGAAGAGGAUUUUCAACUCCGUUUUGAUUUUUAAGAUAUGAAUAACGUGUAUAAUGCGUGCGAAUGGUUAAUGUACAAGUAGACGUGGAUUAUUCUUUAUAUUAAUGACAAGCUUUCCUUUACUCCCUUUG